UUUCCCUCUCAUAACAAGUUUACAUUUUCGACCUUUAGAUUUUACUGCAAAUUGUGAAUUUUCACAUUAAUUUGAUGAUCAAAAUUGUAGUAAACGUAAGUGUAGUAGUGAUUCUGUUGUCAAUUCAUCAUAUUUUUUCAAUAAUCUAGAAACUACCUAGUUAAGAAAAACCAUGUUGUCGGAUUUGAGUGGACCUACUAACAGUUUCGGACUUCGUUUCUUGGAACAAUUCAACGCCAAAAAUUCGAAUAAAAAUGUCGUUUUCUCUCCUUUAAGUGUCAUCUUAGCCUAUGGAAUGUUAUUGGAAGGAGCGACUGGUAGGACUAGAGAACAGAUCAAAGAGGUUCUCCAAUUAUCUUCUAUUGGUGAUCAAAAUUCUGACGUUUCUCAAGCCGCGAAAAAGCUUCUGUCUAGAUACAGAGCGUUGAUAGCAAGAUCGAAAUUUCAAGAUUUCUUAGUGGUUUUAGGUAAUUUGGUUAUGGUUGACAAAGGUUACCCAUUGAGAGAAUCUUUUGUUCAAAGCUUAAAAAGAAAUUAUUUCGCUCAAGUGACAAAUGAAGAUUUUCAGAAUGGAAAGGCAAUUAUGGAUAAGCUAAACUCGUGGGUCUCUGAAAAAACCUGUGGAAAAAUCGAUAAAAUCUUAUCCAGAUCCCCGAAUCCAGACAUGUUAUUAUUGGUCAUUAACACCGUUUAUUUCAAAGGAAAAUGGGCCAAACCUUUCAAUAAAAAGUACACAUUUGAUGAAACUUUCGCUAAUUCUGAUGGAACUAAGAGUAAAAUUAAAAUGAUGUCCCUUCGAGAUACGAAUUUUAAAUAUCUUCACAAUCGCUUAGCCAAAUUCAAGAUUGUUGAGCUUCCGUAUAUUGGAAAAGUCAGUAUGAUCUUCAUUCUACCAACCCAAACCAAUACUUUGGCCAAUUUCAUUCCUACAUUGAAUUCUACGAAAUUAGAAAAUCUUUUGAGUUCUUUACACUCGACAGGCCUCAAGGUUGUUAAUAUUCCUAAAUUUAAACUCCAAGAUUUUCACGAUCUAAGUAUGAUUCUUUCGCGAAUGGGAAUGGAAUUACCAUUCACUGAACAAGCGGAAUUUAAAAAUAUCACUGAAGAAUCUGAUUUACUAUUCGUAUCUGAAUCCAUUCAAAAGGCUCUGAUCGAAGUAGAUGAAGAGGGAACUGUCGCUGUAGCGGUGACGUGCAUUAAGUCAACGGGAGGUGCUCCUCCAGAACCUAAAGAAGAAUUCAUUCUCGACCGGCCGUUCAUCUUUAUUAUUCGUGACAAUUUAACUAGAGUCAAUCUCUUUGUCGGUCAAAUGAACAAAAUGCAGAAUCUAAAUUAGUCCCUUCCAUGUCUCACCCUGAACACUUCUUACAAAUCAACUAAUAACUACCAAGAUUAAUUUCAUGUAUAAAGAUUAUCCGUUCUUGAAGACAUUAAUGUGACUCAAAAAAAAUCAAUUUUAUGUACUAAUUUUCAGGACAAAUUGAAAUGUUUUUUAAUUAUUCAGUAAACUUUUAAUUAAAAACUUUACAAACAUUCAA